UCUAGUAUUCUACACAAAUCUUCCUAAUUAAUUUCGUUGUCUCUCUGAACAUGAUGAAGCAGAACCAGAGCAACCGGGUGGCUGUCCGGUCAAAGCUAACGGCAGUAUCCAGCAGGCCGGUGAACCCGGGUACGAUCCAUUCUUUCACGGGUCUGGACCAUGCAAUGGCCCUGCACAGCGUUCACGUGAUAUUCUACUACAAGGAGAAGCUGUUUUCAUAUUUUGACUUGGACCCGUUUCGGGUGUGUCUCUCGGAGAUCCUAUCACUUUACCCGCCGGUGACGGGUAGGAUAGUCCGGAGAGAGGUCGACGGUGAGUGGGAGGUCAAGUGUAACGAUGCCGGUGUUAGGGUGGUGAAGGCCACGGUGGCGACAACACUUGAUGAGUGGCUGGGAUCUGCUGAUGGGGCGGAGGAGAGGUUGUUGACGGCGUGGGAUGAUAUGCCUCAUGAUGAUCCUAGUUCAUGGUCGCCGUAUAGAAUCCAGAUAAACGAAUUUGAAGGAGGAGGAGUAGCCAUUGGACUAAGUUGCUCUCACAUGCAAGCAGACCCAACUUGUGCGACCCUACUCAUCAAGUCAUGGGCCGAGACUCACCGUCGGGGGCCCGUCGUACACCCGCCUUCCUUUGAUGACUUAUUGGACUCGCCACUCACUCGCGGACUCAACAUUCACAACACAAACACAAAGUCAUCAUGCUCUUAUUACGAAGCCAAGUCCAUGGCAGCACAUACCCCAUUAGUACUGAAGAAAAUGGGCACAGCCACUUUCAAAUUUUCCAAUGAAGUGAUCAAGCAAAACCUCUUAGAAAUCCACCAAACAUGCCCUGUUGCAACCCCGUUUGAUUUGAUGGCCGCACUCUUUUGGGCACGCAUUGCUCGCUUGAAGCACCCAAAAAGUGAAAGCAAGCACUCCCUCUCCAUUUGUGUUGACUUCAGGAAGAAGCUGCAGCUCUCUUUUGGGCACUAUGGCAAUGCCUUGCAUUUUUCGUUGCUUUCAUUACUUGAUGUGGAAGAAAAGGAAGACUUGGGAGAUGUGGUCGGAGCCGUGCAUCGCCAUGUGUCGAGUCAGGGGGAGGGAGAGUUUUGGUCUGCUUUAGACUGGUUUGAAUCAAGAAAGGAAGAGGGAGGUCAGUCUGGGGCACCUUUUAGAAUGUAUGGCCCUGAGUUGACAUGUAUGAGCAUGGAGCAUAUGGUUGACUUUCCUGGGAUUACUAGGAAUAAGCCGUUGAUGUAUACAGCUGUGUUUGAUAAGGAGAACAGGCCCGUACACGUGUCAUAUCAUGUUGGAAAUGUGGAAGGGGAAGGUUUGAUAAUGGUGAUGCCAUCUCCAGAAGGAGGCAUGGCGAGGAUGGUUACGGUCACAUUGCCGGAGGAGGAACUAGAGCAGUUAUGUCAGGAUGAAGCUAUUUUGAGCUUAAACCCAAUAAUGGUCAUAAGUGGGACGAGAAAAGCAUAAAUCUGCUGUUAUAUCUAUCUUAAGGGAAUAAAAGAUCCUAUUCUCAUAAAAAAAGAAAAGAAAAUAAAAGAUACCAAUGAUCUUUUCAUGUCCAAGGUAACUAGUCAAUGAAGUGAAUAGUUGCGACACAGUCAAGUCAACUCUCCACUCUAGACUAGACGCCAUGUGUCCUAUUUCUAGUGGUUUUAUUAAGAUUAUAGUUAGAGAUUAUUACAGCUCUAAGAUUGUAUGGGGAGUGCUCACACUCAAGUGAGUGUGUGUGAGCCACAUUCAGACAUGUGUAAGUUCUCAUGGUGUUUUAAUAUUAAGUUAUAUUAAAUGAGACAAUAA